AUGACCGAAAAGACUGAUGGCUUCUCUAUGGAGUCGUUGAGACUACCAGAUGAUUUCGAGUCUUGUUUUGAGCACAACGCAACUCGGCAGUCUAAUUGGCGCAACUACGACGAUAGUGUUGCCGACGAGCAACUACAAAUGGCAUUGGAUGCGCGGCGAGAGCAAGUCAGCCACCUCUUUGGUCGUGGAAAUGGGCCUGGUGUUCCGUCCGCCUCUAGCUUCGCUGGACCACCAGUUUCACUCCACGAGCUGAUGCGCGAUGAUUUCGAGUCUGAAUCGGCAAUUGUGCCCGAUUUGGAUGACCGAUUCGGUCUGGCAGAGAAGCUCAGCACCGCUUUAUACCAGUUGCAAUGCUCGGGCUGGCUUCAUCGCAAAAUCUCUAGCCACAAUGUCGUCUUCUUCCCCCUCGCCAUGGAAAACGGAGAGCAACGAAUCAUACUAUCGCAGCCCAGGCUUAUCGGCUGGCAGACAGCGCGAUAUGAUGAUCAAAUCUAUGUGCAACACUCCGAGUACACGUCUGUAUGGCGCAAGAACAAGUGGCUGCCGGAGGAGCUCCCAUAUAUCCAUCCUGCUCGUCCCGCCGCACGAGUCCGGUUCAAGCGUUCGUUCGAUGUCUACGCACUUGGCAUCGUGCUUGCUGAAAUCGCGUUCUGGGAACCAAUCGAUGUUCUCAGUGGCAACAGAAAGAAAGCGCUCUUCUCUGACUUCGAUCAGAGCUCCGACGCACCGGAGCUACAGCGUUUCAGUGAGCUUGUCGUGUCCACCUGCAAGGACGAACUGGCUGGCGAGGUGGGCAGGAAGUACAAGUCCGCGGUGGUAUGGGCGUUGGAAGGCGUCAAGAGCUGGCAUGCUCAACAAGCUGCUGCUCGCACGGGAGCCACGAAAGGGGAGCUGGAUAAGGAGAUUGGUUCCGGGAAGGCUUUCUUCUGGAACGUACGGAGCCAGUUCAAUGCGCCUCCUGAGUCUCGUUCUUGA